AUGGAUAUGGCAAGACAGCAGGCAGAUGGCAAGCCCGUGAAGAAGGUCCGUCCGCGAAGGACGGUCGACUAUGGCGGCUCUAUGGGAAGGUGGGCUCUGUUGCGUAAAAUGCGGUUGAACUCGACGUACGUGCCUCACUUGAGGCCAGCACCGCCGUAUAUCAUCGAUCUCCUGCCGCCAAAGGCAUACCCUGACAACCCCUCAACGUCUUUGUGCACUAAGUUCGUGCAUACAUCCACCAACAAGAUCAGGUGCCCAGUCAACUGCGUAGUGUGGACGCCAGAAGCACGGCGAAUACUGACGGGCUCUACGAGUGGCGAAUUCACGCUGUGGAACGGACUGACCUUCAACUUCGAGACCAUCCUGCAAGCACACGAUUCGGCUGUCCGAGCGAUGCAGUUCACGCAUUCGGGAGCGUUCCUCGCAUCCGCGGACCAGAACGGCGUCAUCAAGUACUUCCAGCCGAACAUGAACAACCUGACACAGUGGACAGGGCAUCGAGAAGCCAUCCGUGGGCUUAGCUUCAGUCCGGACGACAACCGGUUUGCUACUGCGAGUGAUGAUUCUACAAUCAGGCUGUGGUCUUUCGAGGAGCAGCGAGCCGAGCGAACACUAACAGGUCAUGGCUGGGACGUGAAGUGCGUCGAAUGGCAUCCUACGAAGGGUCUUCUGGUGUCGGGUAGCAAGGACAACAUGAUCAAGUUCUGGGACCCGAGGACAGGGACUGUUCUCUCUACCCUGCACUAUCACAAAAAUACCGUCCAGGCUCUUGCUUGGUCACCAAAUGGUGAUCUUGUAGCCAGCGCGUCUAGGGAUCAAACCGUCCGCGUCUUCGACAUCCGUGCCAUGAAAGAGCUCCGCCUGCUGAAGGGACAUAAGAAGGAAGUCUGCUCGGUUACGUGGCACCCUGUCCAUCCAGUGCUCGUCUCCGGCGGUUCAGAAGGCGCAAUACUUCACUGGGACAUCUCGUCUUCCUCCGAGCCCCCCGCAUCCCAGAUCCUUGCCGAACAGCCCGGACCCCGUGCUACCCUCUCGCAGGCGCACGACUCCAACGUCUGGGCCCUCACCUUCCACCCGCUCGGCCACAUCCUCGUCAGCGCGUCCAACGACCACACCACGCGCUUCUGGUGCCGCGAGCGCCCAGGCGACGCCUCGUCCGUCUUCUCCGGGGGAGGCGAGAAGCCUCCAGAGAUCAUAGACACCUCGGGGCAGGACGAGGACGAGGACGCGAUGGUGCCUGGAUUCGGCAUGGGCGGAGGCGGAGGCGGCUGGUGGGGCGGGAAGGAGGAAGACGGGCGCGACGCGAUGGCCACCUCGGCGUCGUAUAGUGGCGGAUACCCGCCGAAUGGCGGGCAGCUUAACGCGAUGGACACGGGCGAGGACAUGAUUCCCGGCCUUGGUGGGGGGAUCCCGGGGCUUGGUGGGUCAGACGGAGGGUCGGCUUCCGCCGGGCCUGUGCUGGGUCGGCAGAGCGGCCCGCUGCCAUCGCAGGAGGACAUGUUCGGUCAUGGCGGCGGGGAGCCUGAUGGGGUUGAAAGUAGUAGAGGUGGUCGUGGUAGGAGGUGGGGCCGUGGCGGGCAUCGCGACGGUGGACAUAAGGAUGGUGGUGGUGGGUACGGCGGUGGAUCGCGUCGCGGGAGGUACUAGUGAUCGGCAGCUCCUCUUCUACGAUAUCCGCAUGCCAUUCACGGUAGUAUCAGUUUGGUCCGCGCAUCCAGGCGGGGAUAUAGUGCAUUAGCAAGCAUACUGUAUACAUGAGGCAAGCAUCAUACAC